AUGACUAUGCUUCCGCAAGAGGAGCAAGCUGGUAGCACAGAGGACAUUCGAGGAAGCUCCUGCAACGAAACAGAAUAUAACAACGACGGAAGCCAAGGGAAUGAAGGCAAUGGCGGAGGAAUCGGACAAACUCACUCCAUCGAUGGGCUCUACAUGAACUCACUCACCGUACCCGGUCUUGAAAAUCCGUUCAUCAACCGGUUCCCGAACGACGGCAAUCCGCAGACCCCUUACGUCCAGACGGUUCACGAUAAAAUCGAAGCCAAGGCCAAGACUCUCGCCCUACAAUUCGAUUCAUACCAGCACGCGACCGAGAAUUUGAACCUGACAGAGCUUUCGCGGCUCGCGGUGUCAAGAUGGUCGAAGCACAUCGCAAUGCGAACGAGGGAAUGGAAGAAUUGCACAGCCGCCUGCGUCGUGAGGCGACGGAAGAAAACAAGAUGCUUAGCAUUCUCCUGGAUGCUCUUGCGCGUGAUUGAGAAGUAUAUCUUGCACAAUAUGGUUGCGGAGCUGGACGCGAUGGCCCUCAAAAACUUCUGCACGAUUACCACAUUCGAGGAACUUGUGUUGGCUUUCGUUAAGUACCAGGAAAUCUUCAUCAUACUGAAUCCUGAUACCACCGACAAUAUAUACCAUGACGUAUUCUACAUGGUCUCAGAGUACGGCACUGAAUACCAAAAAUGGGCAAUGGAACAGAUUGUCUAUCCUUUCGACACUACGGAUUCUUGA